GAAGGAAGGUAUCUAAUUUGGGAAACAAAACAGAGCCCACAAAAGACACACAGAAACACCGCGUUUAUUUCCUAACACGGAAAGGAGUCGUCCAAGGUGGUGAAAGCACAAUCUAAAAAGAAGCCCUAAUUUUGGAACCCAGACUGAGCCCAGAGACGUUAACCCAAAGCCCGCUUGUCGUCCAAGGCGGUAUAGCACAAAAUAAGUGGAGUCCCUAAUUUUGGAAACCAAACAGAGCCUGAACACAAAUGAAUAAGGAGGCGUUCACGACAGAAGAGCAAAAUAUAAAACGCAGGUCCCUUGUUUCUCUCUCGAACUUAAAACCCGCGAAAAUCCCCCACUGCUUCGAAAUUCCGAAGGGCAGGAAAAUCGAAUGCUCAAUUUCAAUUUCUUGACAAAAAGAGCGAAUGGAUCGAGUUAAGGCCGGAAACGAACUUUCUUUCCGGGUUGGUUUCUCCGGAUACAGCGGUCACCUCCGUGUGGAGCCUAUAUCAACCGUAGAACGUACCGACCCCGUCAGCUUGCUCCCAGAUUUCAUCCUUCCUCCUGCUUUCCCUAGAGAAACACCUGAAUCCAUAAGGGAGCACAUAGAGGAGAAGUAUCUAAUGCCAGGAUUGGACGUUGAUGAAUUUUCUCCUGAAAAGGCUGGAAAACAGUGGGAAUUUGACUGGUUUGAGAGAGCGAAAAUCUCUUUGGAGCCAUCAUUACCGCGUACUGUUAUAGUUCCGAAAUGGGAGGAUCCAUUCAGACGGAAAAUGAAGGACGGAAUAUGGAUACCCGAUGCAGUGGAGAUGGAGGUAUCAGAAUUGAUGGCUGGGGCUCAAGAUUCUGGUACACGGCCGCGUGUGUCUGGACCCACGAAGGAUUUUGUUAGAGGAAGCAUCAGUAAUCGUCCUUUUCGUCCUGGUGGUUUGGAGGAUUCCCAACUUCUAGGGAGAAUUCUUGCGGACGGGGCUUCAAAUGGUGAAUGGGUACAAGAAUUGCUGACAGGUGGCUCUGCGCAGACCACACCCCCAAGCCUUAAGCAAGGAUUAGACCUUGGGGAUUUUAAGGUCUAUCCAAGCUCAUGGAACAUUUACAAAGAUCAAGGUUCACUUAAUAGCAGUUCAGAGGGAACUGAGACUGCUUUGUCUAUACAUUUUGAUGACGUGUUCAAGAAGGCAUGGGAAGAGGAUGUUGUCACAGAAUUUGAGACAGAAGCUAAAUUUUCAGACUCUGAGUCUGUUAAAUCAGAAGCUGAAGUGGAUAAGGAUAAUGAGCCCAGCAAUGUGGGUGAGCCUGAAUUGUCUGUGUUAGACGAGAUUUUGUCAGUUGAGUCGGGAGGAGUAACUUCAAGGUCAGAAGAAACUCAAGAUGUUGAUGGACAACAACAGAAGCAGGCUUGGGCUGUUACUGGAGGUAGUGAAGGAAUUGUGAGCAGCUUUUAUGAACUUGUUCCUGAUAUGGCACUUCAUUUUCCUUUUGAAUUGGAUGCCUUCCAAAAAGAGGCCAUUUAUUAUCUGGAAAAGGGUGAAUCUGUUUUUGUGGCAGCUCAUACAUCAGCUGGAAAGACUGUGGUUGCGGAAUAUGCUUUUGCCUUGGCAUCUAAACACUGCACUAGGGCUGUGUAUACUGCACCCAUUAAAACCAUCAGCAACCAGAAAUAUAGGGAUUUUUGUGGGAAGUUUGAUGUUGGCCUUCUCACUGGUGAUGUUAGCUUGAGGCCGGAGGCUUCUUGUCUGAUCAUGACCACCGAAAUAUUAAGGUCAAUGCUUUACCGGGGAGCUGAUCUUAUUCGUGAUAUUGAAUGGGUUAUAUUCGAUGAAGUGCAUUAUGUCAACGAUGCUGAAAGAGGGGUUGUUUGGGAGGAAGUUAUAAUCAUGCUUCCGAGGCAUGUCAAUAUUAUCCUCCUGUCAGCCACGGUACCAAACACAGUUGAAUUUGCUGACUGGAUUGGCCGGACAAAGCAAAAGAAAAUUCGGGUUAUGGGAACAACUAAAAGGCCUGUCCCAUUAGAGCACUGCUUGUUUUAUAGUGGAGAACUGUACAAAAUUUGUGAAAGUGAAGUAUUUAUACCCCAGGGACUGAAAGCUACUAAAGAUGCAUAUAAGAAGAAGAGUUCAAGUGCAGCUAGUGGAGAUACCAGGCCAUCUACUGGGUCUUCAACAGUUCAGAAUGGUGCUAGAGCUCAAAAACGUGAAAAUCCUAAUCGUGCCAAGCAGAAUAAGCAUUCUGGUUCCCAAAGCUUUGGUAGCUCCUCUGGGAAUAGUUUGGGGAAUCAAAAUUACAGUAAUGUUAGAAGUAAUUGGGGGUCCAGGAGAUAUGAAGCUUCUUUGUGGUUCUCACUUAUUAACAAGCUCUCAAAGAAGUCGCUAUUACCUGUGGUUAUAUUUUGUUUCUCAAAGAACCGCUGUGAUAAAUCAGCAGAUAGCAUAUCUGGGACUGACCUCACUAGUAGUUCUGAGAAAAGUGAGAUUUGUGUUUUUUGUGACAAAGCAUUUUCACGGCUAAAGGGAUCUGACCGAAAUUUACCACAGAUUGUCAGAGUCCAAAGCCUUCUUCGUAGAGGCAUUGGUGUGCAUCAUGCCGGGCUGCUUCCUAUUGUAAAGGAAGUUGUUGAAAUGCUUUUCUGCCGUGGAGUAAUCAAGGUUUUAUUUUCGACAGAGACAUUUGCAAUGGGGGUCAAUGCUCCUGCUAGAACAGUUGUUUUUGACACUUUGAGGAAGUUUGAUGGCAAAGAAUUUAGGCAGUUACUUCCUGGAGAAUACACUCAAAUGGCUGGUCGUGCUGGCAGAAGAGGGCUUGAUAGUAUCGGAACAGUUGUUUUAAUGUGCCAUGAUGAAAUUCCUGAAGAGAGGGAUUUGAGGCAUGUCAUAGUUGGAAGUGCAACCAGACUCGAAUCUCAGUUUCGACUAACGUAUAUCAUGAUCAUGCAUCUCCUUCGUGUUGAAGAAUUAAAGGUGGAGGACAUGUUGAAAAGAAGUUUUGCAGAAUUUCAUGCUCAGAAAAAACUUCCUGAACAACAUCAGCUUUUGAUGCUAAAGCUUUCUCAGCCAACAAGAACAAUUGAUUGCAUAAAAGGCGAACCGACAAUUGAGGAAUACUAUGAGAUGUACUCAGAAGCUGAGAAACACAGCAGCCUGAUAUCAGAGGCUGUCAUGCAAUCCCAUGUUGCACGCCGCUUUCUUACUCUUGGCAGAGUGGUAGUCGUAAAAUCACAAACGGCCCAGGACCACUUACUUGGGGUGGUUGUGAAAGCGCCCUCAGGCAGUAUAAAACAACACAUAGUUUUUGUACUGAAACCUGAUUUACCAUCAUCAACCCAAACACCAUUGGGUCAUGGCAACUUUCAGGAUAAACCAAGUGAUGGUUUCUCCCAAGGUUAUAUGUUAGUACCUAAAUCUAAACGUGGUUUUGAUGAGGAGUAUUGUUCUUCUGCCACUUCUCGCAAAAGUUCAGGUGUCAUCAAAAUAGAAUUACCUUACCAUGGUUCUGCUGCUGGGGUGCUUUAUGAAGUCAAAGGAAUUGAUACCAAAGAGUUCUUGUGCAUAUGCAAUGCUAAGAUAGAGAUUGAUCAAGUUCGACUUCUUGAGGAUGGUAGCAAUGCUGCUUUCUCCAGGACAGUUCAGCAGUUGUUAAAUUUAAAAUCUAAUGGGAAUAAAUACCCUCCAGCCCUAGAUCCUCUGAAAGAUCUGAAGGUGGAGGACAUGCAUGUUGUGGAAGCAUACUACAAGUGGACUAGCCUAUUGCAAAAGAUGGCUGAGAAUAAGUGUCAUGGAUGUGUAAAAUUGGAGGAGCACAUGAACUUAGCAAAAGAGAUAAAAAGGCACCGAGAGGAAGUCAAUGCUCUGAAAUUUGAAAUGUCUGAUGAAGCACUUCAACAGAUGCCUGACUUUCAGGGCCGGAUAGAUGUUCUGAAGGAAAUUGGUUGUAUAGACACUGACCUUGUAGUUCAGAUAAAAGGUCGUGUAGCUUGUGAGAUGAAUUCGGGGGAGGAGCUAAUAUGCACCGAGUGUUUAUUUGAUAAUCAAAUGGAUGACCUCGAACCUGAAGAAGCUGUGGCAAUAAUGUCUGCAUUUGUGUUUCAGCAGAAGAAUACUUCUGAACCUUCUCUUACUCCCAAGCUGUCCCAAGCUAAAGAGAGGCUGUACAACACAGCAAUAAGACUUGGAGAAUUGCAGGCACAGUUCAAUUUACAGAUAGAUCCUCAGGAGUAUGCCCAAGACAAUCUCAAGUUUGGUCUCGUUGAAGUGGUUUAUGAGUGGGCCAAGGGCACUCCAUUUGCAGACAUCUGUGAGCUUACGGAUGUUCCUGAAGGCCUGAUAGUUAGGACGAUUGUCCGACUGGACGAGACAUGCCGUGAAUUCAAAAAUGCAGCAGCUAUCAUAGGUAACUCUGCUUUGUACAAGAAAAUGGAAACUGCCGCCAAUGCAAUAAAACGUGACAUUGUGUUCGCGGCUAGUUUGUACAUCACAGGAGUGUAAAUAUGUCGAGAUCUCAGAGAUUUCUUUUCCCAUACUCCUUUCCUGGAAGCACGAAUGAGUAUCUCGUGUUUCCAUUGUUGGAUGCCUGACUCGGCUUAAUGAUGGGUGAUCAUUUAGUCACAAAACUGAUUGCUUCACUGACUAUCUAGGAAAAUAGAAAAUGCUACUAGAUGAAUCUGGGUAAAAGAUGUAGAGACCAGUUCUGCUUAAUUUAAGAAGCGAAGACUAAGGGCCAUUUUGGAUUUUGGAUAUCCUUGUGUUCACUCGUUACAAUGUUAAUUUUGUUUGGA